AUGCAGUCCUUGAGGAUUUGGUCUUCUCACGUCAAACUGGAUGGCAGCCAGCUCAUACAGGUUAAUUUGGACAAAGCACAGCAGAACAAUAUGGAACACAAGGUCAAAACUUUUUCUGGUGUUUAUAAGGAGCUCAUAGGCAAAGAUGUUGAUUUUGAAUUUCCAGAAUUUCAAUUGAUGAUUGAGUUUGUCAUUGGGGCCGUACCAUGGCGGCAAAGACUCAGAAGAGGAGCUCGGACAGUGAUCCAUCCUAAAGCACGAAUUAUUGUGGAAACCGGGCCAAUAGUGAUUGGCAAAGGGAACCUGAUAGAAGAACAGGCCCUUAUCAUAAAUGCUUCCUCGGAUAAUAUCACUCCUGACACUGGAGAUCCAGAACCAAAACCUAUGAUCAUUGGCACCAAUAAUGUGUUUGAAGUUGGCUGUCAUUCCCAAGCCAUGAAGAUGGGAGAUAAUAAUGUCAUUGAAUUAAAGGCAUAUGUAGGCAGAAAUGUAAUAUUGACAAGUGGCUGUCUCACUGGCGCUUGUGGCGACCUGAACACUUUUGAAGUCAUCCCUGAGAAUACGGUGAUCUAUGGUGCAGACUGCCUUCGUUGGGUGCAGGCUGAGCGACCGCAGCCUCAGACACUACAGCUGGAUUUCUCCAUGAAAAUCUUGCCAAAUUACCACCACCUAAAGAAGACUAUGAAAGGAAGCUCAGCUCCAGUAAAGAACUAAGAAUAGUACAUG